CAGGGCGAUGGUGCGUUGGAGGCGGCGCGGGCAGCGGAUGCGGGGGCGGAAGCGGUGGGUACGGCGAGGCACAGGUGGCAUAGUGAUGCAUGGACUGGGUGGGACGUCGCAGCUUCGGACGGGGGCGACCGCAUAACCGGCCAUGGCGACACGUUCGUGACCCACGGGUCAGCAGCAGGGGCAGCUGCGUUAUCCUCGAAAGGGCUGCAGCAGCAACAACAGCGGCCCGUGCAUGGCUCAAGCGAGCAGGCCGGAGCGUCGUCAUCCGUGCCCGCCGGCAAUGACACCGCCAGUCCUUUCGCAAAAGAGGCGGCGUUAGGAUCUGGGUUCUGGCGAGGUGACAGGAGCGAUGGUGGGGGGAGAGCUGGUGUUGGGGGCGGGCUAGCAGACAGUCCGCCCACUCGGGCCCCUUCCAUGCUGGCCCGGCCGGGAUCUUCGCAGCAGCUGGCACCAGACGAGACGGACGCCCCCGCGGGGGCUGCGGCGGCCGCACCUUUGCGGGACCUGGUAGCGGCGGGUGCAACGGAGGCGGACAGGACGAGGACGGGCAAGGGCGGAACGUGUAGCAGCGCCUUGCAAGGAGGACCGGCGGCAGCGGCAUCUCCUAGUGCGGCCCGUUCGGAGCCGGGUCUGCGCCAUGCGGCUCGGCUGGUGCUAGGCAACGCGCUCAUGUGGACCACGGGAGCCGCUACCGUGGUGUCCAUGCUGGGGCUGCACACGCUGCUGGACCCAGCGGUGCCGUCGCACGUGCCGGCGCUUGGCUUCAUAGAGGGCACGCUGUCAUGGCUAGCGCGUUGUGCCGUGCCGGUGUCGUUGUUUGCCAUGGGGCUGUUCACGGCGAGCCGACCGGUGGGUGCGGCACCGGCGCGGUCAAUUGCGGUUUACUUGGCGAUCAGGAUGCUGCUGCUACCAUGGCUGAUGGUGUUUGUAAACAGCUUGCUAGGGUUGGGCGGGCAACUGGGCAGGUCGCUAGUGUUGUUGACGUGUGUGCCUGUGGGGCAGAACGCGUUCCUUGUUACAGAACAGUACGGCGAGGGCGCUGAGGUGGUCACAAGCGUCAUGCAGCUGGGGCUGCUGCUCAUGCUACCGCACGUGGCGGCAGUGCUAACAAUCCUGCACUGGUUCGGAUUGUACGAAGAGACAAGCAUGUAAGAGCUGCGUUUGA